AUGGAGGAGGAAUUACCUGGUCAGUUUUGUUUCUUCAUCCUCUCAACGUCUUCACACACAAGUUUCAAGAACAUUAAGAUCGAUCCAACCAGCCCAUUACUUAUUCAGGGUAGAGUCUGUUCUGUGCUUCUAAACACAAGCAUUAAAAAAUAUGAUUCAGGGGAUUUUGAAGCGGGUGGCUACAAAUGGAGAUUGUGUCUGUACCCAAAUGGGAAUGAAAAAAGUGUCGGGGAAGGUCACAUCUCCCUCUACUUAGAAAUAUCAGAAAUCGAAAAACUUCCUGUUGGGUGGGAGGUUACUGUCAACUUCAAAUUGUUUGUGUUUAAUCAUAUACAUGAAAAGUACUUGACUGUCCAAGAUGCUGAUGGGAAGGUAAGGCACUUCAAUGUGAUGAAGACUCGAUGUGGUUUCACUCGGUUUCUUUCACUGGAUGUUCUCAAGGAUCCUUGUAAUGGAUACUUGAUGGAUGAUUCUUGCAUUUUCGGAGCAGAAGUUUUUGUUAUCAAAUAUAGUGGCAAAGGGGAGUGUCUUUCCAUGAUAAAGGAUCCUGUUGAUGGUACUUUCACUUGGGUGAUUGAGAAUUUCUCCACACUGAAAGAGGAAGUCCUUCACUCUGAAAUAUUCAAUGUCAAAGAAUAUAAAUGGCAUGUGCUAUGUACUUCCCUUAUUUCUCCUUCUUGA